AUGCCAUCGAGUUCGAAAAAACAAGAAAUGUGGCAGUAUCUUGUUGUUCCACCGUUAAUUGAACAAACUCAACGCAGAGAGCAUGAAGAAAAAUAUAAAUCAGAAUUUAGAAUUAAUUAUUCAAAAGCGCGUACACAAUUUGUUCGUCGAUUAUUAGCUGAAUUUCUCGGUACAUUAAUACUUGUUGUAGCAUUCGGCGCCCUCAGUAUUCAAGCCAGACAACAGCGUAUUACAGUUGAAAGUACUGCAGUAUCUGGUGGCUUUAUUGUUUUGGCUUUAGUACACUCCUUAGGUCCAACCAGUGGUGCACACUUUAAUCCUGUUGUUACUGUGGCAUUUGCACUUCGAUUGGUUUUCCCGAGUUUAUUUCAAACGAACGAAGUACACUUAGCUACAAAUGCUGUUGAUACAGAACAAGUCUCAAUAUUUGACGGUUUGAAAUGGGAAAUAUUUUUAACAUUUAUUUUAGUAUUCGUUAUUUUACAAACAGCAACGAAAGCACACAUAAUCGGACAACAAGCCGCAUUGGCUGUUACGGGUGCGAUUGUUUUUAUCUGUUUAAUUGGAUCAAAAACAAGUUCUACAUCGUUAAAUCCAUUUAGAACACUGGCACCGGCUAUAAUUAACUCAAGUUCGGAUCAAAAUAAAAGCUUAUGGAUUUUCUUAAUAGGACCUAGUAUUGGAAGUAUUUUAGCAGUGAUCUUCGUUGGCCUAUUACAAGGAUUUCGACCGGAAACCACCAGUGAGAUGAAACUGGCACAAGGAACGGAAAAUAAUAUUACAACAACAGCAACUGAACAUGAGUUGUUACAAUAG